CAUCUCCAGCUCAGAUAGUCAGUUGGAUGCAAGCAAGUGAUCUGCUAGGGUGUCGUGUCGUGGGUGCGCGAAACGUGAACGGACCUACGAAAAAAGAGCCAAACCAAACAUUAUACAUAAAUACAUAAAUAUAGUCAGAAAGGCACUGUAGUCCUUCUCCCACUACCCCAACUCGUCUAUAAUUCGGAUAUUUAGUCAAGUGCUCGCAGAUCUAAACAAAUUUUUUCCUAAGAGCAAGUCCUUCCCGAUCGCCAGCGAAAUGUAUACCAAUUGCGAAAGCGAUGGUGAUGGAGGGGGAGAUAGACGAAAGCACGAGGCUAUCGAGAUGUGUAAAGACCUCGCCGCAUCUUCAGACUCGAACACCCCAGCAAAUGCAGCUACGUCCAAUCAGCAGCAGCUGGUUAAACUUGAUCAACUGCCGGAGCGAGGAUCAUGGUCUUCGAAGCUUGACUUUAUUCUCUCAGUGGUUGGACUGGCCAUCGGCUUGGGAAACGUUUGGCGAUUUCCCUAUUUGUGCUAUAAAAAUGGAGGCGGAGCUUUCAUAUUGCCGUACUUCCUGGCGUUGUUUCUAGCUGGUAUCCCGAUGUUCUUUAUGGAGCUGGCUCUUGGACAAAUGUUGACUAUUGGUGGACUGGGAGUUUUUAAAAUCGCCCCUAUAUUCAAAGGCAUUGGAUAUGCUGCCGCCGUUAUGUCUUGUUGGAUGAAUGUUUACUACAUUGUUAUUCUGGCUUGGGCGGUAUUUUACUUUUUCAUGUCAAUGAGAGCGGAUGUACCGUGGAGGACUUGCAACAACUGGUGGAACACCGUUAAUUGUGUCAAUCAAUAUGAGAGGAACAAUUUACACUGCUGGGAUAAAGUAAUCAAUGGCACCGCAAAGAAAAUUUGCUCCGUGGCAGCGACAAAUAUCUCAUCGACGGAACUCACAGAUCCAGUCAAAGAGUUUUGGGAGCGUCGUGCACUGCAAAUAUCGAACGGCAUGGAGGAGAUUGGCAAUAUCCGUUGGGAAUUGGCCGGAACUUUAUUGCUCGUUUGGAUCCUCUGCUAUUUUUGCAUUUGGAAGGGAGUCAAGUGGACGGGAAAAGUAGUCUACUUUACAGCCCUGUUCCCAUAUGUUUUGCUCACGGUUUUGUUAGUUCGUGGAAUAACUUUACCAGGUGCUUUGGAAGGCAUUAAAUUCUAUAUUAUUCCAAACUUUUCGAAACUGUCCCAAUCAGAGGUGUGGAUUGAUGCAGUGACGCAGAUCUUCUUCUCCUACGGACUUGGACUUGGUACCCUUGUGGCCUUAGGCAGCUACAAUAAAUUUACGAACAAUGUUUAUAAGGACGCGCUUAUUGUCUGCACAGUCAAUUCCAGCACGAGUAUGUUCGCUGGAUUCGUAAUAUUCUCAGUAAUUGGAUUUAUGGCACAUGAACAGCAGCGACCUGUGGCGGAGGUGGCAGCAUCAGGUCCUGGCUUAGCGUUCCUAGUGUACCCGUCGGCAGUAUUGCAGCUGCCGGGCUCGCCAAUGUGGUCUUGCCUCUUCUUCUUCAUGCUGCUGCUUAUCGGUUUGGAUUCUCAGUUCUGUACAAUGGAGGGCUUCAUUACAGCAAUUAUCGACGAGUGGCCACAGCUGCUCCGAAAACGCAAAGAAAUUUUUAUUGCCAUUGUAUGCGCCCUGAGCUAUUUAGUGGGCUUAACCUGCAUAACACAAGGCGGCAUGUACAUUUUCCAAAUACUAGAUUCGUAUGCAGUUAGCGGUUUUUGCUUACUGUGGCUCAUAUUCUUUGAGUGCGUCUCAAUAUCCUGGUGCUAUGGAGUCGACCGAUUUUAUGAUGGAAUUAAGGAUAUGAUUGGAUACUAUCCCACAGUUUGGUGGAAGUUCUGCUGGUGUGUCACGACCCCGGCUAUAUGUCUGGGCGUCUUUUUCUUCAACAUAGUCCAAUGGACUCCUAUAAAAUACCUGGACUACAACUAUCCCUGGUGGGCUCAUGCAUUUGGUUGGUUCACUGCGUUGUCCUCUAUGCUGUAUAUACCAGUAUACAUGUUCUGGUUGUGGAAACGAACACCUGGCGACUUGUGCGAGAAAAUCCGCGCGAUAGUACGAAUAGACGAGGACAUACCACGGUUACGCGAGAAAAUGCAGAGAGAGGCUAUUGCUAAGGAGAUUAAAUUCAAUUCAUUAUAGACAUAGUUAAGUUACCUCCUAAAGUAUUAAGGCACUCUUUGUUGACCACAUCGACGGUUCGAAUUCCACUUGAAUUUAUUUUUUGAUACUAUUGUAAUCGUUGUUUUCGCUGCGGACCAACUCUCCUUAUCUGGGGCUGGAGUUACACUGUGCACUGGGGCCGCUACUAUGUCGUGCUAUGAUUAUUUCCACGAUGUGUGGUGUAACUUUAACAUUAGUUUAGAGAGUACAUAUGUAUAACAUUAAGCCGAUCGGAGUUCUAGAAUGACUUUUAGUGUGUUUCAUGUGGUACUUACUCAUAAGUAGAAAGCUGGAUUCGAACUCUAGGAAAAUUCAGAUAAUGAAUAUUCUAACUCUGAAGCACUCACGUACAAUGCCUUACGAUAUAUCAAAUAUCAAAACUAAGUUUAUCGACAGAUCACUGUUUCACAAUAUCUAUUUUCAUAAGGAAUGAAUUGAUUUUUGUUCUGUAUGUCUGUCAGGGUGAAGUUAUCAUCUCUGUUAGUGUAGGCCACCGCCACUUGCCUGAUGUAGUAAGUAUCCCCAAACCAAAGAAAUAUGAAUGCCAAAUAAUUCAGACAUUAACAGUAAAGUUAGGGCUUUAUGCUUUUGGAUGGGAUUUGCCCCGCACUCGCUUUGCAGUACAGAUGCAGUGUCAUCCGUAGAUUUUAUUAAUAUGGUUAAUUUAAUUUAAAAUUACUCAUACAAGUUAGAGUAUAUUUAGCAAUAGAGCAAUGUCAAUGAGAUAGCAGACAAGCAUCCACAUUCGUGUAUAAUAUGUCGAUGCCCACAAAAACAUUCAGUACAUAUGAAAAUGCCUUGGAAGUCCUUUAAAUAUUGUCGUGUAAUUUACCUUAAAAAUAGCUAUAAGUUGCUUGUCGUGUCAAAUAAAUAUAUGUAACAUCAAAUUAAA